AUGAAUUCAUUAGAAUUUAAAGCAGGUAUGGAAAAAGUUGAUAUUGAAUCAAUAAAUUCAAUGUUAAAACAAUUUUCAGUUGGCACACAUUUUCAAGAGAAAUUAGAAAGGGAUUCAAAAAGAACAAGAGAAUAUAUAGAAGGAAUUUUAAGUAAAUUGAAUGAAAUACCAGAUACUGAAGAAUAUCAAGAGAAAGUUGAUAGUUAUCUAACAGAAUUAACCUCAAAAAUCGAUCAAUCACGUACAUUCAUUCAUAUAGAUAUGGAUGCAUUCUAUGCAAAUGUUGAAGAAAUGGAUAAUAAAGAAUUAAUUGGUCAUCCUGUUGCAGUUGGUUCAAUUGAUAUGUUAGUAACUUCAAAUUAUGCAGCAAGAGCCUAUGGUGUACGUUCAGGUUUACCAGGCCUAUUAGCAAUGAAAUUAUGUCCUCAUUUAAUCAUUUUACCAUCACGUAUGGAUAGAUAUAGAGAAGUUAGUUUAAUAAUUAGAAAUAUUUUAUAUAAAUUUGAUAAAAAUUAUGUUUCACCAUCAUUAGAUGAAGGAUGUAUUGAUAUAACAGAAUAUUUAAAAGAUAAUGAAAAUUUAACAGGUAUUGAUGUUGCAAAUCAAUUACAAAAUGAUAUAUUUGAAAAGACAACAUUAACAUGUAGUAUGGGUAUAUCUUGUUCACCAUUAUUAUCAAAGAUAUCAAGUGAAAUUAAUAAACCAAAUGGAUAUUUCUAUUUAGAUAAACAAUAUAGUCAAGAAUUUAUAAAAACAAUUCAAAUUAAAAAAUUACCUGGUAUUGGUAAAGUUAGACAAGAGUUAUUGAAAACAUUGGGUCUAGAAUUUGUAUCGGAUAUUAUUGAACAUAGAUAUGAACUUUAUUAUCUUUUACCUGAACAAAGAGAGUUACUAUUUAAACAUGCAUUAGCAAUACCCAUUUUUCCAAAUAAAUCAUCAUUUAGAAUAAAUAAAAAGAAAACUAUGAUUAGUAAAGAAAAAAAUUGUAAAGAAUUAUAUGAUGAAAAAGAUUUAGAAGAUUUAAUGAAAUCAUUAUUUGAUAAAGCAAUUGAAAUGUUAAAUAUUGAAAAUAAAUAUGCAACAACUUUAAUUGUAAAAGUUCAAGAUUUUAGUUUUAAAGUUAUAAAUUAUUCUUAUCAAUUAAUUUCAACAACAACAACAUCAUCAUCAUCAUCAUCAUCAUUACAAAUAAAUUCAAUAUCAACUAUACCAAUAAUUACAACAUCAACAAAUAAUAAUAAUGAUGAUGAUAUAUCAACAGAGGAAAAAGAAUGUAUUACAAAAGAAGAAGAAAUUGAUAGUUAUUAUUUAGAUUCACCACCAUCUUCGCCAUCAAUUUCGUCAUCUUCUUCAUCAUCAUCAUCUUCAUCAAAACAAUCACCAUGUAAAUUAAAGAAAACUUUUAUUUAUCCAAAUAAUUUUAAUGAACAUUCUGAAAAAAUUUGGAAAUUAUUUAUAAAUACAACUGAAAAUAUAUCAUUUGAAAAAAUUAGGUGUAUUGGUUUAAAAUUAAUAAAUUUAAUUAAUAUUCCAUCUGAUAAUUUAGAAAAUUAA